AUGUCUCAAGAACUAAGAGAACUUUGUCACCUCUUAUUUCCAGAUGAUACAGCAGACCAAACAGAAUAUUUCAGUGAAAUUUCGGAUUAUAUAAAGAAACUGGGUUCUCAAAACUGGGAGUAUGUGCGAAAAGAACCUGAACGAUUGUCUGAAGAAAUGAGGCAUUUAACAGAACAGACACAAGAGUUGGCUUUUACAAAUUAUAAAACUUUUGUUGAGACUGCAGAAACAUCAAAAACCAUCAUGAAAGAUCUUGGAAAGUCAAAAGAUUCAUUAGCUACAUUUCUUGAUACCACACCAUUAUUUAUUCAAGAAUGUGAGAAGUUUUCACAAAUGGCCACAAGUAUUGUGAAGGAAAAAAGUCAAUAUAAUACAAUACGUAGUCAAAGCGACAAACUGCUUGAACUAUUGGAAUUACCAUCUUUAAUGAGAGAGGCUCUCAAUGCCGAAGACUAUGAAAGUGCUUUGGACAUCUUUACUUUUAUCCGGAACAUUUCUAAAAGAUAUUCCGAUAUACCAAUUGUCCAGGUACUAAUAUUUUAUAUUAAAAAAUGA